GUUCCAACCCCGGUCAAAUGACACUGUUAUUUUAUGAGAGCCCUUGCUGUCUCCUACAUUCAAAACAAAUGACAGCAUUGAGCACAAAAAUCAAAGAAAAUUGACACUGCUGGUACAGCGAAUCUCGAUGUGUGAUUUGUGGAUUAUUUCUGAUUUAAACUCGAUAUUAUGAUCAUCUGGAGACCGGGGGCUGUUGGCUUUCAAACACACAGGCGAUCGUGCAGCUGUUAAAUCGCUGGUAAUAUAUUUUCCACAGUAUAAUAAUUGAUUUUCUUUUAUAAACAAAUGUGUCAUUAUCAGCGCACAGACCCUUUCGCGUUAUUGAGUAUGUUAACCGCAUGACAGCGGGUUAUUUGAAAUCGUCGCCGACGUAUAAAAUAAUAAUAAUAAUAAUAAAAAGCAAAUAGCUCACUGAAGUUGCAGCAAUGGCUUCGGCGCUGAGUUGCUUCAGUGGUCCCGAGGUGUUGGAGGACGUGAAUCACGCUCGGGGUUUGAUGAAAGAGUUGAAAUUACUGUACGACUGUCGGAUGCUCGGGGACGUUACUAUCGGAGUUGAAUGUGAAGAGGAGUCACUGGAGCAAAGCGGCGAGUCAGCCAGAGGUGACAUUGAGCAACUUUUCCUGUGUAGCCGCAACGUCCUCGCCGCUGCCAGCCCUUACUUCAAAAGCAUGUUCACCGGCGGGUUGAAUGAGAGCAUGCAGGAGAGAGUGGUCAUCCGCGGGGUGGACGCCGAGUCUAUGUCUGUUAUCAUCGACUAUUGUUACACAGGCAGGGUGACCAUCACGGAGAGCAACGUGCAGAGGCUGUACGCAGCGGCCAAUAUGCUUCAGCUUGAGUACAUCAGGAAAGCCUGCUCCAGCUUCAUGACAAGGAGGCUGGACCUCUCCAACUGUGUGGGGAUACUGAAAUUUGCAGACACCUAUGACAAUCCUGAACUGAAGGAGAAUGCACAAGCUUUCAUAGCCAGGAACUUUAGCCAGGUGUGUAAUGGAGGGGAGCUUUGCGAGCUGGAUUUGAUGCAGUUAAAGGAGUUGUUGUCUCUGAACACUUUGGAUGUGGACUGCGAAAGGAAGGUAUGCUCAGCUGCUCUGCAGUGGGUAGAGGCUAAUGCACCGCAGACAAGAGAGGAUGCACUACAGGCGCUGAUGUGUGUGCGCUGGAACUUGUUUACAGAGAAAGACAAGUGUUAUCUGGAGGGACUCAUGGCAAGGCCUUUAUUUGAGAAAUACCUUGCAUCUUUCUUUAACAGGUCUGCAGAGGACAGCUGUGGAAUGUCUGCAACUCUGGACGUACCAAAACACAGAAUAGGUGUAAGUGCAAAAGAAAUGAUUCUCUUCUUUGGCCUACCCAACGACAACAUAAUGUGCUGUGACCCUUAUUCAGAGGACCUGUAUUUCAUGGCUCCUCCUUUAGAAGACCUCAGCAGUCAGGAUUACAAACGUUCCACCAUGGAGUCCUUAAUCGCUUGUGCCACGCCUGAAAACAACUUGUACCUAGCCUCCCACCUCUCUAAACACUUUUGGCUUUACAACCCUGUGCUCAACAACUGGCAGGAGUUGGCAGAGAGACCACUGGGGAGGAUACACUCUGGGAUGGGCUACCUAAACGGCCACGUGUACCUUCUGGGAGGAAGGAAUCCAGUGACGGAUGCCAGACUGAAGGACGUGGAGUGUUACAGCGUCCAGAGGAACCAGUGGACGUUCGUGGCUCCUCUGCCUCAUUCUUUAGGUAAAAUGCAGGUGGUGGCACUAAAUGACCACUUGUAUGUGGUGAACAAAAGGAGAAUGCUUUGCUAUGAUCCCAAGAGGAACCGCUGGCGCCACUGUGGGUCUCUGAGAAGAGACAAGCUUCACAAGGCCUGCGUCUUUCAGGACCAGAUCAUCUGUGUGUGUGACAUCCCCGUAGUGAAAGCAUACAGCCCCACCAGGGGGGAAUGGAAGAGGUUGGGUGACAUUCCCAUUGACAGCCGUGCUCUAAAUUACCAGGUGAUCCAGCACAACAACAAGCUGCUCCUCCUCACUCAGACUUUACUGCAGCACAACAAAAACAGGGUCCUCAUCCAUGAAUACGACCCAGGCAGGGACACCUGGAAGAACGUCAUGGCAGUGUAUGUGUCCACCCUGGGGCCCGUGUGUGUUUCAACACGCGUGUACCCAGCAUGCCUUGGCUCUGCUCACAGCUUCUCUACAGAGGAGGACGAUGACAGUGGCUCCAGUGCCGACUGGGACUUUGAUGGGUUGACAGACCCAGACUCUGACUCUGGCAGCUCUAGCUCUUUCUCAGAUGAGAACUGGUAGUGAAAUGUGUUACUGUGUCAAAGAAAAGAUUAACUUAUUUAUAAUUUAAUGGAUUUAUACAGGGUUCUGUCUGCCAGGAGUGGACACAGAUCCAGAUUAAAUUAAAUUAAAAUUAAAUUUAGUAUUAAAGCCAUUUAUUUACAGUAGAAAUCCAACAAAAUCUUUACUUAACAUGGACAGUUUUCUUUCAUAUCUCUUCACCAGUCUGGCUAAUGAUUAUUGAGUUGGUUUUAGUGUUUCUUUUCAAUCUUUUUCACCCAGCGAGGGCAAAUACCAAGAGACAAGGGCUUUGUUCUGAAAUUUGUAUCAUGUCCUGCCAGCAUGAAGGACAGUAUGACGUCUGGUAGAGUCUUGUUUACACAACAACUCAAGACAAAUACAUGAUAGAAACAUAACUGUUCUCCUAUGGAGGGGAGGAUCUGCCUUCAUAAUUUAGCACAUUAAUAAUGAAGGGAAUUCCAGAGAUGUAGUAUUACACUUCCAUAAAAUUAGAGGAACAGGCGAGAGACAGAAUAACAAAGAAUAGUCAAAAAUUGAAGCAGCAGAAGCUGAUAUAUCUUGACUUUUCGUCUCUAAGGUCAUGCUUAAAACACACUAAAUCCUGCACUUCCCAUAAUGCAGUGGUUUCCAAACUGAGCCUAUGCAUAAGACCAGAGGAAAAAUUUGGAAUGAAACUAAAGUUUAAUAUACCUUUUCACAGCAGAGACAUUUUAACUUCUCAAACACAGGUGUUACUAAUAAGAUGAUUAAUAGCUGGAACUGAGCCAUUGUUAACGCCAUUACUUCAACCUGUGCUCUUCCUGACAAGUCAAAAUGUCCUCUGUGAAACAGGCCUGUGGAUCUAAUUCAAGAGUGCUCUGAUACUACCAAGCUUAUGAAGAUUCAUGUAGGAAACAAAAUAACAUUUAAAGUACAAGAUUAACAGACUUUUGACAGGGUGGAAACUGGUGACGCUCAUCAAGCAAACACAUCAGUCAAAUCCAAAAUACAAAGACGCCUAUCUUGCUCUUAAGUUCACUGUCAAUAUAGCAGCAGAGCUUUGUGUCCUGUGUAUAACACCUCUGUUAGCCACAUUCUUCCCACUCCUUUUAGUUUUAUAAAGCAGGCUGUCUGUAAGAAAUGUGUACACUCCAAACCAGAGUUAAGAUACCCAGGUGAUGUCACUUGAGAAAUUUCUUUGUACUUGACAAUGCUCCUCCAGAGCAUUAGUUAAAAGUUAGACAUUAGUUAAAACUGUUUGCACAAGCUGAGUUGUACUCCCCAUGAGUAGUAAAUUGACAUGUUGAAUCGGUGGAGGGCCCCUUUAAUGCUCAGUGCUUGUGUCGUGUUAUAUAAAGACAAGUUUGUGACAGAAAUAUUUGCUAAUAACAUUUUAUUUAGUUUGAAUAAAUGAGCACACCUGCUUAUGAUUGGUGUAAAAUCAUGAUUGUGACUUUUGGGACAUCAGGCAACUCAAGUGCCUCAUGUUUAUGACGUCAAACGCAACUGGUCAUUUACAGGGCUUUAAAAUUUGCUGUCCUUUUUAUGUUGUUGAUGCACAUCAAGACGUCUCACACAGCCGGUGUUGUGAAAACUACUGCAUGAAAUGUAGAAGCCAAUGCACUGUUCGCUCACUCAGGUUUAGGCUUCAGCAAAAGCCUGUAUGCCAUAAUUGACUUUUUUGUGAGAUUUAGUCAAAUUAGAUGGUUUUGGUGACAAAUGAUACAUUUUAUGAAAUUUAUUUGAAACUCUUUUACCGAGUGUAUGUGUGUGUUUUCUUAUCUAUGAUUUUUUUUUUAACUUCACAUUUAUGUUACAAUCAGAAUUUUGAAUGAAGUUUCAGUUGGAGGACAUUUUGUCUGCAUGUAAUAAAACUGUUACGAGCAUUCCAUACACUCAGUUACCAGUUCAUUAGCUGUGUUGAAACACAUAGAAGUGUUUCUAAUCUGUCUACCCUCAAAAUAUUAGAAACACAUCUCAGUAUAUAAUGCAAUACCACAAACUACAGCCUCCAAAAUGACCAUUGAGUUGAAUCAACACCUCUGUUAAACAGUUUAAACAAACACUGAACAGUAUAACCAUCAUGAAGGCUUUAUUACAGGGCUGAUGUAUGUUAAUGAGUGUUGGUCUCACUGUUGUCUCUCUGUAUGAUGGAUAGUAGUUAAAGUGUUACAUUAUUAGUUUUGUGAGUGAGAGUGAGAGUGAUUGGCUGUGGUAACACAUGGUCUGGAUUGUAAAGCUGUUUUGUGUCAAAUAAACAUCUGUGUCUGAUGCA